GUUGCCCAAUUACAACCAACCACGCAAUCAAAAUCUAUACAUCAGUUCUAGUUAACAGUCAACAUGUCUGGCUUCCAAAACAAUACCAACAACGCUGCAUUGAACACUUCUCGCCCGCAGCAUCAGCUUCAUGACUCUUCUCAGCCGCUACCAGGUUCCGGGUCGCGUGACGCCGUACAGACUCAGGACUACUCCCCCGCGAAUAUUGAACGUAUGUCUUCCUCUGUGAUUCAUGGCAAAAAUGCAUCUACGGAAUCGGAUGAUGCCGACUCCACUCGUGCCACCACGGGUAUACCGUCUGCCGGGCGCACAGGUCCAGACCCGUGUGAGAGUGAGAGCGAGAGCGCUCGUAGUAACACUGCCUCUACCAACGAGCGCCCGCUCGGCGUUCAGCCUACGCCAGAAGGUGGAGUCUCAAUUGGUGGGCAGCCCAACCUGUCCGAGGGUCAUGCUGGGUUUGGUGACAAGGUCAUCAGAAAAACGCAAAAGGUCAUCGGCAAGUAUACCAAAAACGAGGAACUGCAUGAGAAAGGGGAGCUGAGAGAGACGGGUGGGAAAGCGGCUGUCUUGGGGAACGCGCGAGCAGCUCAUGAUUAAGCAAAGAGUAACAAUAUUGCAUGACGCGUAGAAUAGCUGGACACUAUCCUGGAUAUGUACAAUCAAGUUGUAGUAUAAUAGAGUCGCAACCAACACCAAUUUGCGUAAUCAAGUCACUGACACUACCGAACAACCAAAUUCUCAUGCAUUUGAUACAAAACUACAGAUGCAAGUAACAACAGCCAGAAGUAAAAUAAAGUUAGUG